GUCGUCAUUCCGUGUAACCAUAGAAUUACACUUUUGUAUACAGUCUGUGGUUUCACAUACAAGCUCUGGUUUUGCAAAAUAUCCGAAGCUUUGUCAAUUAUUUGUGUGUCUUAUUAGUCUAAUGUAAUGCUCUUGGGCCGGACGCUGCUGUAAGUGUAGAAGAUGUUUAACCACAACCUCCUGCUCCAGCAGCUCCAACACCAGCUUCAGCACCAGCAGCAACACCAGCAACACCAUCUUCAACAACAGCAGCAGCACCAGCAACACCAGCUUCAACAACAGCAGCAGCAUCAACAGCAGCUUCAGCAGCACCACCAGCAGCAACAGCACCAGCAACACCACCAGCAACAACAACUUCAGCAGCACCAGCAGCAGCUUCAGCAACACCACCAGCAGCAGCUGCGGCAGGUCGUACAGCACCAGCACAUCCCAUCGGGGCGCGCUCUGACACCACAGCCGCCUGCUCCACAGGCCCCGACCUCGUGCUACCCACGGCAACACCCGCAUGGGCACCAGGGCCCGCGGUUGGUGCCCGCUGCUGCUGUUGCCCAUGGCGCUCCUGCCCCUCACCUGCGUACACCUGGCGCUCCUACCCCUCACCUGCGUCCACCUGGCGCUCCUGCCCCCACCUCGCUGAUGCCCCCCACACUCAUGGCUGGAGCCAUGCUUAUGCAACGCAUGCAGAGUUUCUCGGUACCUGGAGGGCCGCGGUUCAGCCAGUUCUUCAUGGCUGGGGUCAGAUCUUCCAUCCUGCGGCCGCCACACCAUGCAGCACCACCAGUAGCGCCAGUGAGGGGUGUCCGGGCCUCCUUUACCCCCAGCAGCUACCCCAACUCCCAGACCAACAGCACCAGCAACUACCCCCACUCCCAGACCAACAGCACUAACAGCUACCCCCACUCCCGGACCAAUAGCACCAACCAGGAUUCUGCCAAGCGAUUGGCCGAAAGCAAGAGGGAGGGCACUGAGAUGACUGGGCAGGGCACUGGGGCCCAGGGCAGCGCCUCGAUCACGGAGGGCAAAGCUGGCACCCCAGGACAGUCCGAGGCUGCAGAAAAGAGUGGUCAAACUGGCUGUCCACAGGAGGAGCGACCACACAUUAAGCCUAAUGGAAGUGGUGAGUCAGGUGGAAGUCCUCCUCUGGAACCUUCCCAUCAGAACGCAGUGAGCAGAACCUGCUCUGAGAACCCCAGAGACUCACUGGAGAAUGAUGCCAUGAGUCCUCCAAGCCUACAGGCAGAGAAGUGUGCAGAGGAGACCAGAGCAGCAGAGGUCCUGGGUGUGGGCUCCUCUCUGAAGGUUACCAUCCAGCAGACCAAUGAGAGUCGAGCAUUCAGCACAGGCCUGGAGGAACCAGCCAAUCACAGCCAGGACAGUGAUCAAAACUCCGCCUCCAGUCGCUUCCUCUGCUACAUAUGUAACACAACAUGCUGCAACCAGCAGGAGUUUCAGAGUCACAUGAACAGUCUGCAGCAUCAGCGUCGUCUGAUGGAGAUUCAGCACAUGAGCAGCACCUGCCUGGCCCAGCUACUGCCCAGCCUCACUGACCACAGAGAGAAGAGGCCGUCUCUACAGCGCUGGUGUACCACCUGCCAGUGCCACUUCUCUGGCGACCUGGUCGAGCACCGCCGGACCAAAGAACACAAGAUGUGCAAGCAUUCUUCCAGGCCCUUCUGCACCAUGUGCACGAGGCACUUCAGGACGCCACGCAAGUUUGUGGAGCACAUGAAGUCCCGAGAGCACAAGCAGAGGGUGGAGGAGCUGCAGGAGGAGCGGGGGCCAGAGCUGCUGGACGAGCUGAUCACGGUGGACGCCGUCGGCUGCUUCGAGGGUGAGGACAACUACGAGGAAGAGUCGAGCGAGGAAGAGGAGGAGGGGGUGGCCACCGAACAGUCGGCUCACCGGUCAGUGGCGCUGGAGGACAUGAGAGACGAGGAGGAGUACGACCCAGACACUCAGUACGGUUCUAGUUUCGUGGUGCCGGUCGCUGGGUUCCUGUGCCGGCUCUGCCACAAGUUCUAUCACUUCGAGUCCACAGCUCUGCAGUCACACUGCCGUUCCCUCACACACUUUCAGAACCUGCAGAAGUACAGAAGGAGGAGGAGGCGCUCUCAGCUCCCCCAGGAGGAGCGCCAGGAAGAGGAGGAGGAGGAGGAGGAGGAGGAGCACCAGGAGGAGGAGGAGGAGGUGGAGGCCCCAGGGUUACACUGCAGCAGGGCUCCCCCCACACACACACAGAAACACAGCGCACUAGCAGCGGCCUCUAGAGGAAAGGCGUCUCGCCACAAACACCCGGCGAAGAGGUCCAGAACUCAGACCGAUACUGGACCAGAACCACACGCCGCUGGCGCUGACCAGACCGGCUGGGUGGACGCAGCGAAGCGGAGCUGCGUCCAGUUGCACGGAGACGACCUGUCGCAGGACAGCGGGCUGCAGGGGUCGGAGAUGGACAUCAGGGGGGAGGGAGGAGGGGUACACCCCAGGCCCUGUGACCCCCCCGACCGGGCCGAGGUUCUGUGUGACCUGGAGCUAGAGUUGGGCAGAGCUGACCGGGAGGAGGCCAUGGAUGGACUAUCAGAGACUGGUCUCCAGCAGCAGGACCAGCAGCAGCAGCCAAGUUCCUCCGCCAGCGGUCAGAGACACUCAGUGUCCAGGAGGAAAUCCACACGGGCCAGUAAGCGGCCGUGAGAGAGGCGAUGGACCAACGGUCAUCUGCUGCUGCCCUGCACCCACUGAGACACUUUCUGUCACCUGACCACGCACACCAACGUCCAAAAUGUUAACUGACCAUUUUACUGAGCGACGCCAGCACUGAAUGGUCAUCUCCGUGGUGACGGUGAGAUGGUUCGCUGGUGGAGCGCAGAGCAGUGGAACCCAACGUGGAUGUCAUGGCGCCGCCUACGUGCAGAGGCCUUCAGUCCGUAGUGGCCUACGCGUCUGCGCGCAGAGGUCAUUAGUCGUCCAUAGUGGCCUACGCGUCUAUGUGCAGAGGUCAUUAGUCGUCCGUAGUGGCCCGCCUGCCUCUCUGCUGUGAGAUGUGUGAGAAGGCAAAUUUCUCCUUGGGGAGACUAAUAAAGUUUGUAAUAAAGUUAAUAAACUUUGACGUUGAGAUAAAUAUUUA